AUGGAAUCGUUCGAUUCUUUUGAGAACAUUUCGAAAAUGGAACUAACAGAGAAUGGCACAUAUUAUCCACAAGAGGCUACAAUACUAGCUGCAGCGUGUGCUAUCAUUUUUAGUGUCGUCGGAGUCGUAGGAAAUCUAGUGACAACAGUAGCACUCCUCAUGCAUCCAAAACUCCGCGGUCACGUCACUACAAUGUUCGUCCUCUCCCUCUGCGUGUCAGAUCUGCUGUUCUGCUCAAUCAACCUGCCUCUCACUGCGAACCGAUACAUCCAACAACACUGGGGCCUGGGGCCGAGUUUGUGUCAGAUGUUCGCUUUCAUCUUCUACGGAAACGAAGCUGUCAGUCUUUUGUCCAUGGUUGCUAUCACUAUUAACAGAACCAAACCACGCCAUCAACGUGCCUUCUCCCCACAAUACCCUAUUGUCGUCACUCACCACGUCCACGGUCGUCGAACUCCCCCAGAUUAUCCAUUACCAUAA